CAUACCACUGUUGUUUAAUUACAAAUUAAACAAAAGUUGAAUCUCUUGCAUACCAGAUUUUCCGUACUCAUGUGACCUCCCACUGACAGGUUAUUGUGGUGAGUACAGAGCACCAAUUUGUCCACAAUGCAAACAGUGCAGCAUGUGGUAAUACAGAUUUAAGUAUAUAAAAGGUCGCCAUGAGGAAUACAUACAUUUUAUAGUAGAUAUAUAAUAGCUUUUUUUUCUUUUGUCAAACGGGCCUAUGCUGUGUCAUCAGAGGGGCGUGAAAAGAGGAUGUCACUGAAAUUGGAGAAAUAUUCAAUCUUCUACAAUGCAAAACAAAGGUGUGGGCUGUCUGUGAAGAAAACCUCAAGCGUAAAGCCUUGUAACUGAACAUAUCCAAACAGGUGCAGCAGUACGCCAACGAACAAGAGCCAGACUCGAUCUCUGCCAGAUACAAUGCCCCGAUCUUUCCUAGUCAAGAGUAAGAGACCACAUGUGGUCAGUCUGUGCAGAAGGCUGUCAGAAGAUAAAGAAUCAAGCCAUGGGAAUUCAGUUUUAUGCAACCCAAACUUCUCUGUGCCCUCGCCAUCAUCUUUUCAUGUUAACACCAAAUCGAUGGUGGAGAAUGGAGAGCAGCUGAAAUUGUGUGCGGACAGACAGCAGCGAUCUGAGAGGGAGAAGGAGCUGGAGAGGUUGGUGUUCAUGCUCCUGAGUCACACAGCUCACACCAGGACCCAGGCCCCUGUCAGCAAGUGCCCCCUCUGUGAAAAGUCUGUUCCAGAGGUGCUCAUUUCAGCUGGAGGUCUCCAGGCCCAUCUCCUCAAUGGUCUCUGUUCAGCCAGGUCCUCUUCCACCACAGACCCCUUCACCUUUAGAGUGCUGGAAAACUAUGGCAGAGCUAAGGAGCGUAACUUUGGCUGUAAAGUGUGUGGAAAAGUGUUCAAGCGCUCGUCCACUCUGUCCACCCACCUGCUGAUCCACUCGGACACACGGCCCUACCCCUGCCAGUACUGCGGCAAACGCUUCCACCAGAAGUCUGACAUGAAGAAGCACACCUUCAUUCACACAGGUGAGAAACCACAUGUUUGUAAAGUGUGUGGUAAAGGAUUCAGCCAGAGCUCCAACCUCAUCACCCACAGCCGAAAGCACAGCAGCUACCGGCCCUUCAACUGCCCUCACUGUCAGCUCAGCUUCCAACGCAGGGUGGAUCUACAGCGCCACCAGGAGGUGCCCUGCGUUUACAACACCUUGUAUACUCAAAACUGAGUGCAAGAUGGCAAACAAGGGACAGAUGUAUGAACAGCAGUGUAAUGUUGUAAAUAAUAUCUAAAUGUUUUUUGCAAACCUUAUUUUACCAAACAUGGCCUUAUCUUAAGCUUGUUAAGUAGCUGUGAUACCUCAGAGAAAUGUAAAGUAAUAAGAACAGUUGUUUACUAUAGCAGGCUUAUUAUAUUGUCAAAGGUCCAAGGUCAAAGGUCAAAGGUUUUAUUAUCCUAUUAUGUAUUCCUAAUCAGACAUUACUAACAUAUAAAUGUUAUUUAAUGUUUUUAAUAGUUAAUGAUUUUAAAUGCACAUUAAGAACUAAUGCUUAUUUCUAACUUUUACAUAAAGCCACAUGUCAAUCCACUAAACUAAAACAGGUGUAAUAAAAAACAUAUAUAAUAAAUGUCUAAUUUGUACAUAAAAUAACUUUCAUAAAUCUUACACAAUUUAUUAAGGUCACAUUUGCAACUAAUUUAGCUCAGUGUCAUUAAAAUGUAAGCUUAUGCCACACAUAGAAAUUACACAAAGUGGCUUCUUUUCCCAGAGAUUGACAAAUAUUGAAAAUGCAACAUAAAUAAGAAAAAUGCAUGCGGUGUCUUGUUUUUUCUGUUUCUUUGAAUCUAUGUAAUGUGAAAGAUGUGGCACUGACAGGUCAGUAAUAAUAGAGCAGCUUCACACCAGAGCAAGUUUCGUUUUGAGUCAAAGAUGUGCUACAAUAAGCUACUGUAGUGGUACAUCACAAUUAAAUAUACUGACUAGCACAACAACGAACACCGGCUACUGUCCCACACAGCUGAAGUGUUGUGCAGUUCUUCUCAGAUUUGAGGCGGAACCCUGAGGACGAGAUAACACAGAAACGGUUUAGAUGCAUGUGCAGGUGCCUUUGUAAUUGUAUGUUCUGACUGGCAUUGCUCCAAACCACAAUAGUUUAUUUUCAUUACAUGGCUUCAGCAAACUGUGUCAAAGUAUGAUAUCCAGCUGAAGCAUCAUCCUACAUGGUAGAGUAUGCAUUACUUUACAAUUACACAUUCACAUUUGUGGAUUAUUGUGUGAAAAGAGAGAGACGAUAAACAAUAGUACUGAAAUUAAUUUAUGGCACUGACACAAAACUCAAGAGCAGAUUUAAACCACAAUAACUAUUCUAAAUGUACAAUAUUGUUUGUACUGUCUGUAUUGUAUUGUCAUGAGCUGCAAUAAAUAAAUAGCAGAAUCAAA